UUUUUUACAAUCUCGUACGUUUUUUUUUUUAGUCAAUUAAAAUUACAUAAUAUUGUAUAUUUUAUUAGCGAAAAAAUAAAGUGUACGGUCCGCGGUUUUCUACGAUACAAAACGUUAUCCUGUGGCCGAAACCCUCUAUCCCCCCACCACCCCGGCGACGGUCAUAUACCAGCGGCGUACGAAUACAUCGGCAUCGGUAUGUUCGUCAUGGCGGUCCGACCGACGACCAUCGCCACCAGUUUCGAAUAAACCGACGUGCAGGCUGCGUAUCGUGUGGUCGUCGAAAUCGUCUGUAGAAUUUUUUUUAUCAUUAUAAUUAUUACUACCGCGAUUUACGGUAUUCAACGUUACGAUAAUUUAAUAUAAUAAUUUUACAUCGCAUCCGUCUCCCCUCGGUGUUGUUCGUUUUUAAUUAAUUUUGAUUUUUCGCGUUUUUUUUAACCGCGCGUGCCUGGCGCGCUGCUGCGCGUUUGUGAGUUUUGUGCGUGUGUUACUAUUUUGUGUUUUUGGUGUGCCCGCGUUUGUGACGUGACAAAGUGCUGCGUGCGAGCCCGGUACGACCAUGCGCUCCAUCGAGUUCGGAUAAGUCUCGGUGCGGGUUUUCGUGUUUCGGUCCGGAAUUUUUGUUCUGUGUGCGUUUGCUAAAAAUAGUCCAAAAAUAUUGCUGUUGGUCGUCGUUGACCGCGAUGACCGGGAGGACACAACCGUGCAGGACCCGGACCAUGGCCGUUUUUCUGUUGUUGGCGUGUCUGGCGCUGGUGCUGGGAGCCGACGGAGCUUCAGGAUCCACCGGGAUCGUUUCGUGUUCGCCUAACCCUUGCCUUCACGGAGGCUCUUGCUACAUGAAGAGAACCGGAGAAUUCGCUUGCAACUGUACCGGAUUGUUCGUGGGCCCGUACUGCCAGUGGAAAAACCCGUGUCACACAGGACCCGUCCCCCGUUGCCAGAACGGUGGAACGUGUGCCGUGACGCAACUGUCGCCGCACUCUCAGCCCGGAUUCGCGUGCCAGUGUCCACUGGGAUUUACCGCGUCCCUGUGCGAGAUACCCAUAUCCAAUGCAUGCGACUCCAAGCCAUGCCAGAACGGAGGCACGUGCUGGCUGCACGACAUCAAGGAGCACCGGUGUAACUGCGCCCCCGGAUUUACAGGUCCUAACUGCGAGCUGGAAGACCAUUGCGCUUCGGGACCGUGCAAGAACGGUGCCGAGUGCACGUCCAAAGACGAUUCAUACGAGUGUACGUGCGCUGCCGGGUUCUCGGGCACCACUUGCUCGGAAGACAUUGAGGAAUGUUCGACCACGGAGCCUUGUGUGCACGGACAGUGCCACAACACGCACGGGUCUUACGCGUGUUUCUGCGAUCCAGGUUACACGGGAAAGAAUUGCGAGAUGGUGUACGUUCCUUGUGAACCAUCGCCGUGCAUGAACAACGGCCGGUGCAUGCAAAUCGACGAUCUCAAUUACGAGUGCAAGUGCAAGUCAGGUUUCCGGGGUAAAAACUGCGAGGAAAAUAUCGACGAUUGUAUACCCCACGCUUGCCUGAACGGUGGGACUUGCGUGGACGGCGUUAACGCUUACACGUGCUCUUGCCCGCAGCAAUGGACCGGCGAGUCCUGCGAAUCCGACGUGGACGAGUGCGCUAUGCGACCCAGCGUCUGUCACAACGGAGCCACGUGCACCAACUCUUUGGGCUCUUACAAUUGCAUAUGCGUCAACGGCUGGACCGGCCAGGACUGUUCGGUGAACAUCGACGAUUGUGCCGGAGCUGCUUGUUUCAACGGCGCCACUUGUAUCGACAGAGUAGGAAGUUUCCACUGCCAGUGCACUCACGGCAAGACCGGUCUGCUCUGCCACUUGGAUGACGCCUGCACGUCGAACCCUUGUCACGCUGACGCCAUAUGCGACACCAGCCCGAUCAACGGCUCGUACACUUGUUCGUGUGCGUCUGGCUACAAAGGAAUCGACUGCUCGGAGGACAUCAACGAAUGCGAACAAGGAUCGCCGUGCGAACACGACGGAGUGUGCGUCAACACGCCCGGGUCGUUUGCCUGCAAUUGCCCACAAGGAUUCACGGGGCCUCGGUGCGAGACCAACGUCAACGAGUGCGAUUCCCAUCCGUGCAAAAAUGAAGGGUCCUGUCUCGACGAUCCCGGCACCUUCCGAUGCGUUUGCAUGCCAGGUUUUGCCGGUACACAAUGCGAAAUCGACGUGGACGAAUGCGAAGCCGAACCUUGCGAAAACGGCGGCCUUUGCACGGACAUGAUCAACGGGUACAAAUGUUCCUGCCCCGCAGGGUUUUCCGGUCCACGGUGCCAGACCAACAUCGACGACUGCGUAAGCAACCCUUGCCGUCACGGCGGCAUCUGCCACGACUCCAUCGCCGGUUACCAGUGCGAGUGCUCGCCGGGUUUCACCGGUUUCAAUUGCGAACACAACAUCAACGACUGUCUGUCGAACCCUUGCAAGCACGGCGAAUGCAUCGACGGACAGAACUCGUUCACUUGUUCCUGUCAUCCCGGCUACACGGGACUACUGUGCCAGGACCAGCUGGACGAAUGCGCGUCCGCCCCUUGUCAACACGGUGGUUCCUGCGAGGAUUUGAUCAACGGCUAUCAGUGUCGGUGCCGAGCCGGCACGUCCGGACCCAACUGCGAGAUAAACAUCAACGAGUGCGUGUCCAACCCGUGCCGGAACGGAGCCAAGUGCAUCGACGGCAUCAACAAGUACUCUUGCGAUUGCCUUGCCGGUUUCACCGGUUUGCACUGCGAGAUGAACGUGGACGAGUGCGCCAGCAGUCCUUGCGCCAACGGUGGAAGUUGCGUGGACCUCGUGGCCGGUUGGCGGUGUGAAUGCCCUCGCGGAUACUACGGGCCCCGGUGCCUGUCCGAUAUCGACGAAUGCGCCAGCAACCCUUGUUCCCUGAACGCUCUCCGCUGUGAAGACGGGCUCAACCAGUUCAUAUGCCACUGCCGGCCGGGAUACACGGGAAAACGGUGCGAGUUCGACAUCGACGAGUGCAGUUCCAAUCCUUGCCAACACGGCGGAGUUUGCACGGACCGGGUGAACGGAUAUACGUGCCAGUGCAAACCCGGAUACUCGGGACACAACUGCGACAUUAAUAUUGAUGACUGCGCGGUCAACCCGUGUAAGAACGGCGGCUCUUGUAUAGAUUUGGUGAACGCCUACAAGUGUGUAUGCCAAUUGCCGUUUACGGGCCCGGAAUGCCAAAGCCGUUUGGACCCGUGCACUCCAAACAGAUGUCGGAACGGAGCCAAGUGUUCGCCAUCGAGCAAUUAUUUAGAUUUUACCUGCGAGUGCUCCAUCGGUUGGAAAGGCCGCUUGUGCAACGAAGACGUGGACGAAUGCGCUCUGACGGCACCGUGUCGAAACGGUGCAACUUGCAUUAACACCGACGGGUCAUACAAGUGCGCUUGCGCUCCAGGAUUCCAGGGCCGAGACUGCGUCAUCAACACGGACGAGUGUGCCUCAUCUCCUUGUCAAAACGGAGCCACUUGUUUGGACGGAAUCGGCGAUUACACUUGCAUGUGUUCGGACGGAUUUUCGGGUAGACAUUGCGAGGUGGACAUCGACGAAUGCGUGUCUCAACCAUGUCUGAAUGGAGCUACAUGCAAGCAAUAUGUCAACUCGUAUACUUGCACGUGCCCGAUAGGAUUUUCUGGCAUUCAUUGCCAGACCAACGACCAAGACUGUACCGAUUCGUCGUGUAUGAACGGCGGCUCUUGCGUAGAUGGCAUCAACAACUAUACCUGCAUUUGCCCGUCUGGAUACAACGGUCUCAACUGUCAAACACGAAUAAACGAAUGUGAUUCAUCACCUUGCGAAAACAGCGGUACUUGUUUGGAUCACGGCAAAUAUUACACGUGCCAUUGUGCGUAUGGAUACACGGGCAAAAACUGUGAAUCACUGGUGGACUGGUGUGGCGGCGGCGGCGGAAUACCGGAUCCCUGCGAAAACGGAGCUACCUGCAAGCAAAUGCAAAACACCUACCAGUGUGUGUGUCAACCUGGUUGGACUGGUAAAGUAUGCGACGUGGAAAUGGUGUCGUGCAAAGACGCCGCUCUGCGGAAGGGCGUUCGACGUGACGCCCUGUGCCAUAACAGCGGAGUUUGCGAGGAUAUCGGCAACAGUCACCGCUGUCAUUGCGCUGAUGGUUACGCUGGAAGUUACUGUACGAAAGAGAUCAACGAAUGCGAUUCUGCUCCUUGCCAAAACGGAGCCACGUGCAGAGAUUUAGUCGCAGGAUAUUCAUGCCAGUGCCCGCGUGGUUUCCAAGGACAAAAUUGCGAACUCAACGUGGACGACUGUCACCCGAACCCGUGUCAAAACGGUGGAACUUGUAGAGAUUUGAUUAACGGCUUUAGUUGUUCUUGUCCGCCGGGCACUUUGGGUAUAAUUUGUGACAUAAACAUUGACGACUGUUCGCCCGACGCCUGCCACAACAACGGUACUUGCAUUGAUCGGGUCGGAGGAUUUGAUUGCCGGUGCCCUGCUGGUUUUGUGGGCCAUCGGUGCGAAGGCGACAUAAACGAAUGUUUGUCUAACCCGUGUGACCCGUUCGGUACGUUGGACUGCGUACAGCUGGUGAACAACUAUCAUUGUAAUUGCCGCGGAGGUUACAUGGGAAGACAUUGCGAAAUGAAGGUGAACUUCUGUGAAAGCAGUCCUUGCCAAAACGGCGGCGUGUGCACUCAAGUGGAAGGCGGUCACACGUGCGCUUGCCCGAAAGAGUUUUCUGGUAGAAACUGCGAGUUCUUCGGCGUCGACUGCGAUUCGAGUCCAUGUCAAGGCGACGGGAUAUGCCACUCACUGGAACACGGAGGAUAUCGUUGUGAGUGUCCACCGGGCACCACGGGUUCUCACUGUGAAAUCGACAGCUACAACGAAUGUGAGAGUAACCCGUGUGAACACGAUGGCACGUGUCAGAAUAAGCUCGGAGAUUACGCUUGCUUCUGUCCACAAUACUGGUCCGGGAAGAACUGCAACAUGUACGAUUCAAAGUUCAAAGGCGGUCUUGGUAAAUUCCCGUCCAAAGGCAUUAUGACGAAGAAAGACUACGAUUGGGAACGCGAGUUGGCCGCGUGCGUUACAAACGGGUGUCAGGCCAAAUCUCAGGACAACAGAUGCCACCCAGAGUGCAAUACUGCUGCGUGCGAUUUCGACGGUGGCGACUGUUCGCUUGGAUUGAACCCGUGGAGAAACUGUACUGCAACUAAGAACUGCUGGCAAGUAUUCGCCGACGGACACUGUGAUGUUGACUGUAACACGCCCGAAUGUCUUUACGACGGUAGAGACUGUGAACGUAUUCUUCAGCCUUGCAAUCCCAUAUACGACGCUUAUUGUCAAAGUCAUUAUGCCGAUGGUCACUGCGAUUAUGGAUGUAACAACGCUGAAUGUAACUGGGACGGUUUGGAUUGUGAAAUGAAACCGCCCAAACUGGCCGAAGGCUCUAUUCGUUUAGUUCUCAGGAUGGACUAUCACCAACUCCUAUCAAAUAUAACGUCGUUUUUGCGUGAUGUCGGUAGAGAAUUACGAGCCACCGUUCGCGUGAAGCAAGACGAUUUGACCAACAAACAGAUGAUUUUCCCUGCGGAGUCUCCACCCGGAGCCGUUGUAGUCUAUUUGGAAAUCGAUAACAGAAAAUGCGAAAUCACCAGAGACGUUGAAUGUUUUUCGAGCGCCACAGGGGCUGCGGGAUUCUUAGCCGCCUCGGCAGCAAGUCACGCUUUGUCGACUUCAUUCCCCAUUUACAGAGCAGAGGGUGUCGGACCAGGAAGUCAAAUACCGAUAGAACAGCCAAGAAGCAGCACAGCUUUAGUUCUGACCGGAAUGUUCUUAAUACUAGUAGUCGGACUCAGUCUCGGCGUGUUGAUAUCUACUCAUCGUAAAAAGGCCGCAGGCAUUACAUGGUUCCCAGAAGGAUUCUUGCGGACCGGAAGCAACAAUAGUAGGACUAGUACGCAAAGGCGCGUUCCCGACGGCCAAGAGCUGCGGACUAUGAAACAGAACAACAUGACGCUUAGUUGUAUGGAUAUGAGCAACGGCGGAAUGACAAUGGGCAGAGGCGCAGGCGCUUGGUCGGACGAAGACGCCGAGGGCGAUAUGCCGCCAGCCAAAAGACACAGGCCCGCUCCUAUAAUAUCAUCACAGCCGCUGGACAACCCUUACGACGACGUUUGGAGUCAUUGUAAUUUGAAUUCGAACGAUAACAAAGCGACGGUUAUGUACACUCCGCCGUCGAGGGAAACCGAAGUCAACGAAAGACUGCCAGGCGGUUUGACCAGACUAAUGGACGUGACGGUCGCGGGAUGUGCCGGACUGGACACGAGCAUUGACAACGAGGACGAAGACGGACAAGAUGCUACUACUAACAUGAUAUCCGAAUUGGUUUCUCAGGGGGCCGAACUGAACGCUACUCUGGACAAGACCGGAGAGACCUCGUUACAUUUGGCCGCGAGAUACGCUCGAGCGGACGCUGCCAAGCGACUCUUGGACAUGGGCGCCGACGUUAACUUCCAAGACAAAACUGGCCGAACUCCUUUGCACGCAGCCGUAGCGGCAGACGCCAUGGGCGCAUUCCAGAUACUGUUGAGAAACCGGUCGACAAAUCUAAACGCCAGAAUGCACGACGGCACCACUCCUCUGAUAUUGGCUGCCAGGCUGGCCAUCGAAGGAAUGGUCGAGGAUUUGAUACACGCCGACGCCGACAUCAAUAUACCGGACAACAGCGGCAAGACGGCGUUGCAUUGGGCGGCGUCCGUCAACAACGUAGACGCUGUCAACAUACUGUUGGCCAACAACGCCAACAAGGACGCUCAAGACGAUAAGGACGAAACGCCGUUGUUCUUGGCCGCCAGAGAGGGAAGUUACGAAGCGUGCAAAGCCCUGUUGGACAAUUUCGCCAACCGUGAAAUCGCCGACCACAUGGAACGGUUACCCAGAGACGUGGCCAGCGAACGGCUGCACCACGACAUCAUACGGCUGUUGGACUCGCACGUGGCGCAUCCCAACGCCCAAACCAUGUUGCCGGUCAACAACAACUUCAUGAGUAAGUCUCCGCGCAGCCGGAUUCGGCCGCCAACCGGAACUGACCGAAACGUGGGUUUGUUUGCAGACUCGCAGCAUAUACUGACGCACUCCAACAUCAACAUCCCGGGCAUCAAGCUGAACAACGGCGGCACGGCCAAGGGCAAGAAAAGGCCGAAACCGUCGAACCCGACCAGCCCGGCCGACUCGAUCGACUCGAACGUGUCGCUCAAGCGCAAAGGCAGCGUCAAGAAACCGCCGCCUCCGCCACCACUGUCGUCGUCGGCAGCCGCGCCCAGCAACAAGAAACCGUUCGGCCUGGACGUGUGCGUCGGCCCCAACAACAUGGACCUGAUGGCUCUGGACGUGUCCAGGCUGUACGGCAACGGUCUGCCGUCCCAACCGCCGGCCUACGAGGAGUGUCUGGCCCAGCCCCAGCGGAUGCCCAACUACGGUGCGUCAAUGCAUCACCAACAGCACCACCAGCAGCAACAGCAACAGCAGCAGCAACCCGACUACCGGACCAUGCACCAGCAGUUGUUGGGCAUGCAGACGUCGUUCCAAGAACCGUCGCCGCCGCACAGUGUGGUGAUGUCGCCUUCGCCGGGCAAGACCAGACCGUCGUUGCCCACUUCGCCCACGCACAUGCAAGCCCUGCGGCACGCCACCAUGCAGGCUGUGGAUCCGUUCAGUCAGUUCCAUCACUUCUACGGCACGCAGCCGGCGUCGUUGCAACAACCCCCUGCGCUGCCGCAACACCCCCAACAGUACCUGACGCCACCCUCCGACGCGGCGCCCGAGAGUUUCCCAACCCCUUCGCCGGACUCACCUUGGCAUUGGUCGUCGUCCUCGCCCAAUUCCAACUCGGACUGGUCGGAAGGCAUUUCGUCACCGCCGAACCACAACAACAACAACAACCAUUCUAACAAAGUUUCCGAUGCCGUCUACAUCUGAUCGUUGUGUCCAUCGGUUAGCUUAAAAUGUUUAUUUUGUACAUUGUAUAUAACCUUUCAUAUGUUGAUUUGUGUAUAAUUUCGAGUCAUGGAACGUCCAGAAAGAACAGUUGUCGAUAAUUGCACGGGUUCUUAAUGAGGGAUAGAUUUCCAAUACCCUUGGGAAAAUCGGCGUAGACAGGAUAAGAUAAUUUUCUCUCGUCUCUGGCUACACUGUACAUUUGCCAACUGGAAAAUGUGCAAAUAAUCAGUUUUUAAUUAUGGUCAAUUUCUGCCCACACUGAUUCGCUCGACAAUUUUACUGAUUAUGUUUUCUCAUAAAUCGUUCUUUCUGGUUAUUCUGUGAUCAAGUUCUCGUACCCUCCCUCGCUCUCCCCACUUUUUUUUCUUGGUACAUACUUAAGUUGUUUAAAAUACAGAUUUUAUAUACAUAUAUAUCUAUAUUUAUAAAUUUAUUUUAUUUUAUUAUAUUAUAAUAAUAAUGAUAAUUAUUAUUAUUAUUUAUAUCUGUGUACCAUUUUUCCCCCUAUCAAACACCGCUCUACGUACCGCGUUCGUUACGGUGUCUACCAAUCUUUACUAUUUUAUUAUUACCCUCAUUAUGACUAUUAUUAUAUUAUUAUUAUUAUUAUUAUUAUUAUUACCUAUUAUUAUUAUUAUUAUUAUUAUUAUUGCUACUUUUAUUAAUUUUUGUUCUUUUAAUUUUGUCUCGUUGUCUUGUCGAGAAAAUGACUCUAUCGAACAAUCUUAGAAUAAUCAACUAGACUUAUUCGGUUGUAAAGCACAACGACAAGACUGCUAAUAAAUGUAUAUAAUAUAUAUAUAUAUUUUUUUUUUUUGUACAAAAUCUUUUUUUUUACUAAGGGAUUGUUCGUUCACGAUCUCAACACAUGACAUAUUAGUUAUAAAAAAUAUUAUUGUUAUUGAAAUAUUAUUGUAAAUUAUUAUUUUCUAGUAAUUUUAUGUUUUUUUUUUUUGUAAAAUCAGGAUAAAUAAGAUAUUAUCAGAAAAAAACAAAUUGUAGUAUUCCCUUGAAAAAAUAAUAUUAUUGUAUUAUUAUUACUUUUAAUAUUGAUUAAUGGUUCUCUAUAAAAAAAAAUACAGUUGUAUAAAAAACGGAGAGCAUAUUCGGUCCCAAUAAAUAAAUUUGUGUUCUGUGAUUCAAAUUUAGUAUAAAUUCCAUUGAUCGACAGAGUCGAUGAUAUAUUUUGUCAUAUUAUUUUGUUUAUAUAUAUUAUGUACAUGCUAUAAGAAUUUCUGAAAAUAAAUUAUAUGUUAAAUA